AUGUCCGUCUCGUUUCGAUUCAAACCAAGCUCCUCGAACGGGAAAAGCUCGAUUUUCUCGGGAAGACCGAAGCACACGAUUUGGAUCCUUUUGUCGGCGAGGAAUUUGUGGAUGCCGCGCGGGAGGGCAUCUCCGGCCCGAAAACGGAGAACGACGCAGCCCAGCCCGAAACAGAGGAGGAGAAGGACAAUAGAUGGGUCACGUGGAUGGUGCAUGAUGUCGAGGCCCACGAUCGGACGGUGGGCCCAAUCUUUUCCGUCCAGGAAGAGGAAGUCCGUUUUGCAUAGGGAUUCGAAAUCUUUUGUCUUGAAGGUCAUCCCUUCGAGUUUCACCUCGAAACGAUCAGUUCUCAAGUACACGGUUCCCGCCAUUUUUUGCUUACGUAUAUUCGAUCGGCUUUAUAUUCUCUGGUGGUCAUAG